AUUACAAAAAUCACAUCUCAAUUAAAUCCAGAAAAAUCAAAUCUCGAUUUACUUCAAAGGAACUUGAUUUGCUAACCUCAUAUCUGUAAGAGAAUCAUAAUUGAUGAGAGAACAAAUGCCGGAAAACCACUUAACCUUCGUCGGCAACCAUGCCAGUAAAAUUGGAGUCGACUUGUUUAGCCAUGUGCAGAACAGCAAAAGCAAUGGACAAGCUUGAAUCGUUAGCCAGAUGGAAAUCAAGGAAGGGAAGGAGAAAGAGAGUGGGAAAGAAGAAGAAAAAGCACAAAGAGGGAGGAGAUGGGUUCGCCGGAGUUGACACUAAAAUCUGAGAGGGAGGAGCGUGUGGUGGAGAGAGGCAAAAACUAGAAAAAAAAAUUAGUGCCAACGAAUCCCAUGGGUAAGGUGGGAUAAAUUUUCUUCAAUCGGGAAAGGAUGGGAUACAAGAUGGGAUAAAUAGCACCCCAUCCA